AUGGGCAGACGGAAGGCGACCGUUCUCAGCAAGGCAUGCUGCUGCCGCUGGUCGGCUGCGAUCAGUUUGAGCAUAGCAGUUGGCUUCGCAUUGUGGCAGGCUGCAUGGUUGGCAACAGAAGAAGCGCACGAUCCCCGCUAUCUGCGUGAAGCUCGUGGCGCUGUCGUCAAGGCUGGACAACGUGAGAAUCGAAGCCCGACGCGCAGCACCCAACUGUCACUUGCGCUUGAAACGACCACCAGCACCAGUCCGAGACAGAUUGCCAGAACAAGAACAAGCCAGAGCCCAACGCAAGUCGUUUGGGAGUUCUGCUCCGGGCAGUUUCAGACAUGUGAAUGUGGCGGUCGUAUGCGUUGGGGAACUCCUGACAAGUUCGAAGUCUUUGAACCCAAAGAAGCCCCGUGGCAGUGCGACUUCAUAGCACUAGGUGACCCGGCGCCAGGUGACAACUCGAAGGUAUGUGAAUGUGAAGUGUUGGGCGCGAGGCCACGCGAAGAUCUGGAGUGGGUCUUUUGCGCUAGUCAAUUCAUGUUGUGUGAAUGUCCGGGCCGCAUACGUUGGGGAAAUGGCAAACGGUGGAAGAUCCUGCAGCACCAGCACCUGCAACCUGUCAAGUGCACUACAGACCUUGGAGACCCGGCUCCAGGAGAUGCGGGGAAGCACUGUGAAUGCGAAGUUGAUCCAGCUUCAGACUUCGUUUCGCAUUUGUCCCCGGCGGUCAGGAAACACUCGGCAUCUCCAAAAGUCACAUCUUGUGAUAUCUUCGAAAGCGCAAAGCAAGGUGAAGCAUGGGAUCGGGAGCAGUGGAAGGCUGUGGCAGGCCUUUGUUCGGACCCGGCCUUGGACCUGAAUUUGCCGGAGGCAGGAGCAGAUGCCAUGAGCGUCCAAUCACUGGCCUCGAUGGUGGAUGCAUGGAUCAGCGAAGGCUUCAGCAACAACUACGCGAGGCUAUACAGAGAUGGUUGGUUGGAAGAAGCAUUCGUAAACUUCAUUGGAAGUUCGCCAAGCCAAACGAAAUGGGCCCAGAUUAACGAGCAGCUGAUACGUUCUGUGCAUUUGUUUUCCACACGGCCCAUCGUUGUGAUUCAUUUCGGGAUGGUUACACCUCGCGAGUGGGAUCCAAAGAAGUAUCCUCGGCUGGUUGUAAUGCAUGCAGCUCCAUUUCCGACUACUGUGUUUCGUCGGUUCGACUUGAACAAGUUCCGUUCUCUGCUGAUCGCGCGUGUAAAGACUGGUAUCCAGCUGGACUCUGACCAGUUCGUUGCUCCACGGGUGGAUGAACUCUUUGGACGUGCCAGGGAAGAAGGCUCUGAGACGUAUCCACUGCCGAUUCUUCCCGUGCAUUUCUUGAAGAACGAGGAAUUGCCGAUGUAUCCAGGGCCACAAGGAGGAGUGACAAUGAGUGGAGGGAAAAGUCAUGUAUUCGAUCGGUAUUGCCGCAAGGGCAAGUGCAGCGUCACAACACGUUGGGGCCACGCACAUCCAACCUGGACUUUCUGGGCGCUGCCCUUCGUGGGAACGUGGCUCCGCCGUCAUCUGCGGGACGAGACAUUGCCGGCUGUCUCGGGCCCACAAACGGAGCUCAGGGUGACCAGCAUCGAUGUCGAUGAGGACUUGCUCAACAUCGGCACCUGGGAAGAGAGGGGCCAGAAGCAGUGGUGCAAAUAUGAUGUCAUGGAUCCGUCGGAUUUCAAGAUCCUUCUGCACGAGAGGGUUCCACCCCGAUCUUGCAAUCAACCGCCGCCGAUCGGUGCGGAUGCGAUUUUCCAUCCGGCAGGUGCCGCGCUAGUCUUCUACACUGCUCAUCAUGCAGUGGAUCCCAACAUAUCUGCAUCAUUGAUCGACCAACUCGACAAUCGCUUUCGAUCUGGGAAGCUCCCUCCACCUGUAUUCUUCAAAGGCUGCUUUUACCAGGAUGGCGCCGCGCUCCAGCAAGCCCACCCGGAUGUGCGGUGCCUCAUUUGA